CAAUAUUUGGAUAGGUCGUCUGGAUGGCGACAAUGUGGUUAGGUCGACGGUGGUCGGCUAGAGGUGUUGGCGGUUCUCUCAGGAUUGAACAAUGUCGAUAAUGAGAACAGAUCGCAAGCCCCCACUCGCCAGAUCUCCUAUGCGACUUCGUCCUCGCCGUAUCCUCCGCUCCACCCCAACCAACGUCCAAUUAACUCCGCCGGGCUCUUUGACGAAAACCCAAUUGCCGAAUCGUCCUUCUGAAUCGGAGCUCCGACCUGAAUACCACACGAUUUCGUACGAAUUAAGGGCAUUGGCGAAAAUGGUGGAAAACGAGUUCGGAGAUCCGGAUUUGGGUAAUGCCGCGUUUGGAAGCAAAUCCAGGGGUAUUUCAAUGUCAAGUCCUCUGUUUGAAAGGGGAAGGUUUUAUGAGGAGUACUCCGCGAGGAGGAAUGAGAGGCUGAAGAGGAAGAAGGGGGAUACAGGGGAUGAUGAGAGGAAGAAGAAUGCUUAUGGUCUCGGUGUUAAGGUUGAAUGGGCGAAAAAAAGGGAUUCGAAGAGGCUUGAGGGGUUGAGGAAGUCCGUGUUUUCUACUCCGGUGAUAACGGCUGAUUGGAAAGAGAAUCCGAGGUAUUUGCUGAGAAGCAUGACCAAGGAGAACAAGAAGCCUCCUCUACCACCCGUGGGUGGCGGUGGUGAACGGAAAACCGCUGCUCGAAGGGUUCGGAAAAUCUGAUUUUUCUGAAUUGGGUUUGUCAAAGAACAAAAAAAAUUAUUUUAGUCUGGUGUUUGCUUUAGGGGAUCUGAUUUGCUUCUGCUGCCUAUGGUUUUUUCAAACUAGUUGUUUGAUGGUGCUUUUGGUUUCCAAGCGAAUUGGAAAACAGUUUGAAGAAGAGCUAGCUUUAUAGUUCUUGGAAAAUUUACUUCUUGUUCAUGCAAAAACAGGGCUAUGUUUUUCAUAGCUGUACAUCCCUUCUUCA